AUGUUGCUUUGUGUUAGCUUACACCGGGCUGCAACUAAUUACAUGCAUACCAUUCAAGCUCAAGUACUGUACGCCCAAGGAGGAGAGCUGGACCACAGUCACAGGGAUACUAAUAAUGUGACCGGGAGGUGCAUAGAGAGGGAAAGGCAAGCACUCCUUGCAUUCAAACGUGGCCUGGUGGAUGAGUCCGAUCUCCUCUCUUCAUGGGGUUCAGAAGCCCAAAAACAAGAUUGUUGCAGAUGGGUGGGAGUUUCAUGUGGCAACCAGAGGGGCCAUGUGAUUCAAGUUGAUCUUCAUGGACUGUAUUCUUUGCAAGGUAAGAUGAUUAGUCCUAAACUGAUUGAGUUGCACUAUUUACAAAAUUUGGACCUUGAUGGGGUUAAUUUCACUGGGAUCCCAGUUCCAGAUUUCAUUGGUUCUCUAACCAAUUUAAGAUACCUCGAUCUGUCUUUUACUUAUUUUGGAGGCAAGUUUCCAAGUCAGGUCGGAAAUCUUACGAACUUGCAGUAUCUUGCCUUAGAAGCUAAUGACUUUACAAAUGCAGAAAAUCUUGACUGGCUUCCUCUUCUUUCGUCAUUAAGAUAUUUGGACUUGAAUUUCGUGAAUCUCAGCAAUGUUUAUGAUUGGCCGGAAGCCAUCAAUAAGCUUCCUGAACUAUCAAACUUGACACUAGAGGGCUGUGAUCUUUCUUCUCCAAGUUUGGAUCUAUCUUCUAACUCGCUAGUUUUAGACAUCCAUGCUGAUUGGAUUCCUCCUUUCCAACUGGACUACAUAAAUUUGGGGUCUUGCAAGAUGGGUCCAGAUUUCCCAAAAUGGCUUCAAACUCAAAAAAAAUUCUCAUUCCUUGAUAUUUCUAAUGCUAAAAUUUCCGACAUCCUUCCAAGUUGGUUUUGGAGUUUAUGUCGUAAUGUGACAUUUAUGAAUCUCGCAAGAAACCAAAUUGGAGGUACAUUGGUAAAUUUGACAUUUGAAUUUUCGUAUUUCCCUACAGUGCAUCUGAGUUCGAACCAAUUGGAAGGUCCAAUCCCCUCAUUUCUAUCAAAAACCUUAAAUCUGGAUCUCUCUAAUAAUACACUUUCAGGGUCAAUUUCGUUCUUGUGUUCAAGUGCAGCUAUGUUUUUAGACUUUCUUGACCUCUCAAACAACAAUGUUUCUGGACAAGUUCCAGAUUGCUUGACAUAUUUGAAAAAUCUAGUCAUGCUUGAUUUGAGUUACAAUGCUUUGUCCGGGAAUAUUCCUACAACAAUAGGCUCUGUAUUUUGGAUUGAAACGCUCAAAUUAAGAAGCAAUAGAUUUGUGGGACAAUUUCCUUCGUCAUUGAAGAAUUGCACACGUUUAAAAGUCAUUGAUGCUGGGGAUAAUAAAUUAUCCGGACCAAUACCUAAAUGGUUAGGGGUUAGCUUAAAGGAUUUGGUUAUCCUGAUGCUUUCGUCUAAUCACUUCAAUGGAAGCCUGCCCUCACAAUUAUGCGAUCUAACACACAUUCAAAUUUUGGAUUUAUCUAUAAACAAUAUCUCUGGAAGCAUACCCAAAUGUCUCAACAAUCUGACUACUCUAGCUCAGAAAGGAAAUCCAAGUUUGAACAUCUCACAUUUUGUUUACAUAAAUAGUAAUAAUAGUUCAAUUAGUGCUGUAUAUGAGGAGGAUGCAACAUUCAUGUGGAAGGGAAGAAUGUACUCAUACAAAAACACAUUGGGACUGGUGAAGAGAAUUGAUUUGUCAAGCAAUAGAUUAAUAGGGGAGAUUCCAAGUGAAAUCACUCAUCUUGUUGGGUUGGUUUCUUUAAACCUAUCGGGAAACCAAUUAACAGGUCAAAUCACUCCAGAGAUUGGAAACUUGCAGUCACUGGACGCCAUUGAUUUGUCAAGAAACCAGAUAGAAGGAAGAAUUCCAACAAGCCUUUCGCGGAUUGAUCGUCUUAGUGUCUUGGACUUGUCAUUUAAUAAUUUGUCUGGCAAAAUUCCCAUCGGAACUCAGCUCCAAGGCUUUGAUCCCUCUGUUUAUGCUGGAAAUCCUCAACUUUGUGGACCUCCACUUAAAAAGACAUGUGCUGAUCAAAAUGUGCAAACUGACUUGAGCAAUCAAGAGGAUGAUGAGGAUGAGCUUAUAACACUGGGAUUUUACAUCAGUAUGGGGCUUGGGUUUGCAGCUGGAUUUUGGGGAGUUUGCGGCACUUUGAUAUUUAAGAGGUCAUGGAGAUAUGCAUACUUCGAGUUCGUAAAUGGUUUAAAUGAUUGGCUUUAUGUGCAAGUAGCUUUGAUCAAGCGGCAACUAAAGGAUAUGCUUAGUAGAUAA